AUGCAGGCCCUUCCCAGAACUGCUGUGCGCUCUGUCGCCCUCCGCAACGUCGCCAGUCGCGCCUACAGUUCAUCAUCGUCUCCCUACUCCAAGACCGUCGACAACCUGCGCAUCAACAGCGACACAAAGGUCAUCUUUCAGGGCUUCACCGGAAAGCAGGGAACUUUCCACGCCCAGCAAGCCAUCGACUACGGCACCAAGGUCGUCGGCGGCACCAACCCGAAAAAGGCCGGCCAAACUCACCUAGACCUUCCCGUCUUCAAGAACGUCGGCGAUGCUGUCAAGGAGACGGGCGCAACCGCUACCGCCCUUUUCGUCCCCCCCCCUCUGGCCGCUGCUGGUAUCGAAGAGGCUCUUGAGGCCGAAAUUCCUCUAGUUGUCUGCAUCACCGAGGGUAUUCCCCAACACGACAUGGUCCGCAUCACGUCUAUGCUCAAGUCUCAAUCCAAGACUCGCCUUGUCGGUCCCAACUGCCCCGGAAUCAUCGCCCCUGGCCAGUGCAAGAUCGGUAUCAUGCCUGGUUUCAUUCACAAGCGCGGUCGCAUUGGUAUCGUCUCUCGAUCCGGUACUCUCACGUACGAGGCCGUCAACCAGACCACGCAAGCUGGUCUCGGCCAGUCCCUGGUCGUGGGCAUCGGUGGCGACCCCUUCAGCGGCACCAACUUUAUCGACUGCUUAAAGGUCUUCACCGAGGACGAGGAUACCGAUGGUAUCAUCAUGAUUGGUGAGAUUGGCGGAUCCGCCGAGGAGGAAGCCGCCGACUUCUUGAAGCAGGCCAACACUGUUGGUGGCGGCAAGCCCGUCGUCAGCUUUAUCGCAGGCAUCUCCGCCCCCCCCGGCCGCCGCAUGGGUCACGCCGGUGCCAUUGUGGCUGGCGGAAAGGGAGGUGCUGACUCCAAAAUCAAGGCCCUCGAGAGCGCCGGCGUCAUUGUCGAGCGCUCCCCUGCCGGACUCGGAAAGGCUUUGUAUGAUGAGUUUGUCCGACGGGACUUGCUGUGA